ACUUGCACACCCUCAGGCCACCCCUAAUAAUUAUUUCAACUUCUGUAUCUUUAUAACCAAACCCACAAGGAACCACAAUCUCUCAAGCCAAGCAACCCUUGAGAGAGGCGAUGAGAACCUAACUAAAGUUUCCUUCUGCACUCAACAAGAAAGCCUCAACUUUUCUUCUUCUGCCGCUGCAAGAUCUGCAUAUUUCCUGUCUUUUGAGUGUUGUACAAUCAGUGUCAACUAAGAUGACUUCGGGCGACUGCAAGGUCAAUCCAUUGGGUUGUAAUGGAGGCAUGAACAAGGCCAAGCCCUUUAAAAUGUUUGUGGGUUAUGAUCAACGUGAAGACAUUGCAUAUGAGGUUUGUCGACACUCAAUAUUGAAGAGAUCUUCAAUCCCAGUUGAGAUCAUACCACUUAAGCAAUCUGAUCUGAGAAAGGAAGGCCUAUAUUGGCGUGAAAGAGGCCAACUGGAGAGCACAGAGUUUUCUUUUACUCGGUUCUUGACUCCAUAUUUGGCCAACUAUGAAGGUUGGGCAGUGUUUGUGGAUUGUGAUUUUCUUUACCUCGCUGACAUUAAGGAGCUAAGAGAUUUGGUUGAUGAGAAAUAUGCCAUCAUGUGUGUUCAACAUGAUUACACCCCAAAGGAGACAACAAAAAUGGAUGGAGCAUUGCAAACUGUGUACCCUAGGAAGAAUUGGUCUUCCAUGGUGUUGUACAAUUGUGAACAUCCCAAAAACCGGGUCUUGACGCGGGAGGUUGUGAACACACAAACCGGCGCUUUUCUUCAUAGGUUUCAGUGGCUUGAGGAUGAAGAAAUUGGGUCCAUUCCAUUUGUUUGGAAUUUUCUUGAGGGACAUAACCAAGUUGUUGAAGGUAAUCCCCGGACUUUCCCUAAGGCAAUACACUACACUCGGGGAGGACCAUGGUUUGAGGCUUGGAAAAAUUGCGAGUUUGCACACCUGUGGUUGAAUGAAAUGGAGACGUACCUGCAGGAAACGAAGAAGAAAGUCGAAAAUUAGGAAGAAUUAGCAGCAAAUCAAGUAGAGGGAGGGGGACAAGGGUUAUGUGUGAUACUUUUUAGAGAAGUGUAAUGUGUAGUGGUUAUUAAUAGUAGCUAGGUAUUGCAUUGUAUUCUUAGUAUAUGCAACGAUUCAUUGUGUAACAUUUAGCUCGUUAUGCAGUAACAUUUGUAUUAUAUUAGUUAAA